GUUGUUUUUUGGGGUAACUCCUGCUGAAGUGACAGAGAGGACUCCCAUGUGACACUCUGAGGUGGCUUUGAGGACCUCCAUUUGGGCUGAUGGAGGCUUCCCACGCCCUCUCGGUCCCCCGCUGAGAUUAUGGUGGAUUUGGGUUCUGGCCCGGACCUGGGCCUCCUGCUGCUGACCCAGCCCCAGAGGCGUUAGCAAGAGCCCUGCGCUGUCCACCCCCCAGCGACCACCCCUCCUGCGGGGGCCUGGAGCCGGCCAGUGAGCAUGCGGCUUGGGCUGUGUGUGGUGGCCCUGGUUCUGAGCUGGCUGCACCUGGCCGUCGGCAGCCGGGGGAUCAAGGGCAAGAGGCAGAGGCGGAUCAGCGCCGAGGGGAGUCAGGCCUGUGCCAAAGGCUGUGAGCUCUGCUCCGAGGUCAACGGCUGCCUCAAGUGCUCCCCCAAGCUCUUCAUCCUGCUGGAGAGGAACGACAUUCGCCAGGUGGGCGUCUGCUUGCCAUCCUGCCCGCCCGGAUACUUUGACGCCCGCAACCCUGAGAUGAACAAGUGCAUCAAAUGCAAGAUCGAGCACUGCGAGGCCUGCUUCAGCCACAACUUCUGCACCAGGUGUCAGGAGGGCUUGUACUUGCACAAGGGCCGCUGCUAUCCGGCCUGUCCAGAGGGCUCCAUCGCUGUCAACGGCACCACGGAGUGCAGCAGUCCUGCACCAUGUGAAAUGAGCGAGUGGUCCCCUUGGGGGCCCUGCUCCAAAAAGAAGAAGCUCUGUGGUUUCYGGAAGGGCUCUGAGGAGCGGACGCGCAGGGUGCUUCAUGCCCCUGGGGGGGACCAYGCCGCCUGCGCUGACACCAAGGAGACCCGGAGGUGCACAGUGCGGAGGACGCCGUGUCCUGAGGGGCAGAAGAGGAGGAAGCAGGGCCAGGGCCGUCGAGAGAAUACCAACAGGAACCUGGCCAGGAAGGAGGGCAAGGAGUCGGGCUCCGGCUCGCGGAGACGCAAGGGGCAGCAGCAGCAGCAGCAGCAGCAGCCCGGGACAGUGGGGCCAUUCACAUCUGUGGGGCCCACAUAGGCUCAGCAUCCAGAUACCAGGCCUGCACAGAGGGGCCCAGAGCUGUGCUGCGUGAUGAAAGCUUUCCAGAACUGGAUCAUCGGAGGCA